AUGUCCCAUUUGCAGAAAGUGCCCUUUGCCAGGUGUGGCAUGAAGAGGUGCCAUGCAGGGGAGAGGAGAAGCAUUCCAGAGGGCGAGCAGGUUUGCUGCUACCGAUGUGACCCUUGUCCAGAAGGGACCAUGUCUGAUCAGACAGAUGCAGCUCGCUGUGACCCCUGCCCAGAGGACCAAUACCCCAAUAAAGACAACGACCACUGCAUUGCCAAGAAGGUCCACUUCCUUUCCUAUCAAGAGACCCUGGGAUAUGCUUUAGCUUCUCUGGCUCUUUCUCUCUCUGUGAUCACAUCUGCAGUCCUAGCGGUUUUCCUUAAACAUUACGAUACACCUAUCGUCAAAGCCAACAACAGAAACCUCACCUACAUCCUCCUGGUCUCCCUCCUCCUCUGCUUCCUCUGCUCCUUGCUCUUCAUCGGUCGACCCGGGAAGCUCACCUGUCUCUUCCAACAAAUUGCCUUUGCCAUUCUCUUUUCCCUUGCAGUUUCCUCUGUGUUGGCAAAAACUGUCAUGGUGGUUCUGGCCUUCAUGGCCACCAAGCCAGGGAACAGGACAAGGAAAUUCUUAGGAAAGACACUGACCAACUCCAUUGUCUUAACUUGCCCCCUAGUUCAAGCAGUUCUUUGUGCCACCUGGCUGGUAACCUCUCCCCCAUUUCCCCACUUGGACUUCCACUCCUUGGUGGGAGAGACUGUCUUGGAAUGUAAGGAAGGCUCAGGUUCAAUGUUUUACGCUGUCCUUGCCUACCUGGGUUUCCUGGCCCUGGUCAGUUUCACGGUGGCCUUUCUGGCUAGGAAAUUGCCCGACAGCUUUAAUGAAGCCAAGUUCAUUACUUUUAGCAUGCUGGUCUUUUGUAGUGUUUGGAUCACCUUCCUCCCCACCUACCUGAGCACCAAAGGGAAAUCCAUGGUGGCCGUGGAGAUCUUCUCCAUCUUGGCUUCUGGAGCUGGUCUCAUGGCUUGUAUCUUUUUCCCCAAAUGCUACAUUAUCCUAUUGAGGCCUGAUCUGAAUUGCAGAGAAAAUAUAGUGAGGCACAAGAAUCUCUGA